UUCCCAUCACCAAACCAUAAGAAAAUAUGAAGCAAGAAAUUCAAAACGAAACAGCUCAGACUCAUCUGUCACAGAGAGAGGGGAGAAUGUUUUCUUUUCUCCUCCCAGUGUUAGAGGUUAUCAAGGUGGUUAUGGCUUCCGUUGCCUCCGUAGUCUUUUUAGGCUUCGCCGGUGUAACACUCGCUUGUUCAGCCGUGGCAUUAGCCGUAUCCACGCCGCUUUUCAUCAUCUUCAGUCCGAUUCUCGUACCCGCCACUAUAGCCACGACCCUCCUAGCAUCUGGGCUCGGCGCUAGUGCCACCCUCGGAGCGACGGGCAUGGGUCUCCUCAUGCGGCUCAUUAAGAAUCCUGAAGGAGCUUCCCCGGCAACUCAGCCAUCCUUCUUAUCUCUGUUGGAAAUGCCAAACUUUAUUAAGAGUAAGAUGCAAGAAAGGUUAAUUGAUAUACCAGGAAUUGGAAAAUCUGAAGGUAAAAAAGGUAAAUCUAAAGGUAAAAAAGGUAAAGGUAAGAAAAAAGGUAAAGGUUCAAAGGGUAAAGAUAAGAAAAAGGGUAAAGGUUCACGUAAGGGUUCAUCUGAUGAUGAAAGUUCAUAAAUGGAAGCUCAUAUAGGAAUUGUGGUAAAUGUAUGGGUAAAGAUAAAUUCAUAUAAAGAUAAAUUCAUAUAAAGAUAAACACAUUGGUCCAUGUAUUCCAAUAUUUAGAAUACGUUGUGUAUUCAUGAAUUUAUGCCAGCUAUUAUAAUAAAAGGCUUUGAUUAAUAA